AAGCCUGCUAUAAUUCCAUUUACCAAAUUACCUUCAAUCUCCCUGUUUUACAUUUUCUUUUCCUGAGAAUUUUUAUUGUUACCCCAAUCUUAGCACCAUGCCUCAGACAACCGUGCUCUUCAAGAAACCUCUGAAACCCACUGAUAUCACCAAGAGGCUAGCAAUCGGAUCAAAGAGUCUGGAAUUCUUUCCCCAUUUCAAUGGAGGCCAUACCGUAAAUUUGAAAAUUCGGUUCGAGGGUCGGAAGUGGUCAAUGGUAUGCUCCCCUAGGAAACAGGGGUACAAAAAACCUGUUUUUUCUAAUGGUUGGAUACCCUUUGUUCGCCGGAACCAGUUGGAUGUCGGAGAUGUAGUGACCCUGUACAGGGAAGAAGAUGGAGCAGGAUUCUGGUAUCGGAUUGAGGUAGACAGAGCAAACAGGGCACCCUCAGUCGAUGGGAAUUUGGGUGUUUCAGUCCCCAACAAGGCUAAACCAAAAACAGAAUCCGGUAAAUCGUUCAAUAAUUCCAAGAAGAUAAAUUUGGGAUUGGUCGGCGGUCAAGAGGAAACUGUUCUGAAUUUAGAUUUGAUUCUAGCGCUGCCUACUAAUUAAGCUAGAAUAGAAAGCAGAGUAUGGA